AUGACAAACACAGCAGAAAGCAUGCCUUUUCAGCCUUUGACAAUUGGCACAGAUGACUUUUUUUCAAAAAUCAGUCCAUAUGCAUGGGGUUUACUUGGUAUCAGUAUAUGUAUUGGUCUUAGUGUUGCAGGUGCUGCAUGGCAUGUGGGCAUUUUUAUUACAGGAACAAGUAUUCUAGGUGGAGGUGUCAAGGCACCGUAUAUACAGACAAAGAAUCUGAUUAGCAUUAUUUUUUGUGAAGUAGUGGCGAUAUACGGGAUUAUUAUGUCAAUUGUAUUCAGUGCAAAGUUACAAGAGGUGGUAGGACCAGACUUGUAUACAAGACAGAAUUAUUAUACAGGUAUGGAAAAAGAGGUAUAUAGACUUAUAUUUACAAGAGGAACAGGAUACUCACUUUUCUGGGGAGGAAUGACGGUGGGGAUAUGCAAUUUGACAUGUGGAAUAGCAGUAGGGAUUACAGGAAGCAGUGUGGCGCUUGCAGAUGCACAAGAUCCGAGUUUGUUUGUGAAAAUUCUCGUAGUGGAAAUUUUUGGUUCAAUUAUAGGUCUUUUCGGGUUAAUAGUGGGGUUAUUGGUGACGGAAAUGCGGCUAGUUUCAGUUAAAUAUUUAGAUGAUACAGGAUUUCCUGUAAACGAUUGA